AUGGGUGUUGUGGAACUGUGGACUCUUUAUGCAUUCGCCGUCUCUUUCACGUUCUUGCGCACAUACGCGAGGCUAUCAGCCGUAGGCUAUCGCCAACUUCAAGUUGACGACUAUCUCGUAUGGAUUGCGAUCCUCAUUUAUACAGCUCAGUGCAGCCUUGGGUACAGCCUGGGAGUAUAUGUUCAUGGUUUCGCAAAUGAUGGCAUGACACCUCAUGAGCGCAGUGCGCUUUCGCGAGACGAUCCCGAGUAUGGCAUGAGGUAUUUUAAGCGCCAGUGCAAAGUGCCAAAGGUGCAAUAA